CUGUACCAGCUCAAUCAAACAACAAACAGGGUCAUGAUUGACAAUUAGAGAACCCUCUACUUUGACUUGUGUUUAUCUCCUCCAACACUAAAUAUUAUAAGUAACAAAAGCCAGGUCCUUCUAUGCAAACAAAUUAGGCACCCGAUCAAGAACCUACUGGUCUCACAACAGAGGGGACACACAGAGAGAGAGAGAGAGAGAGAGAGAGAGAGAGAUGGGAAGGGCUCCUUGUUGUGACAAGGCUAAUGUCAAGAGAGGACCUUGGUCUCCUGAAGAGGAUACAAAGCUCAAGGAGUAUAUUGAAAAACAUGGCACUGGAGGGAACUGGAUUGCUCUGCCACAAAAGGCUGGUCUUAGAAGAUGUGGAAAAAGUUGCAGACUGAGGUGGCUUAACUAUCUAAGACCCAACAUUAAGCAUGGAGAAUUUACAGAUGAUGAAGAUGGAAUAAUCUGUACCCUCUUUGCUACCAUAGGAAGCAGGUGGUCAAUUAUAGCUGCUCAAUUGCCAGGAAGGACGGAUAAUGAUAUCAAGAACUACUGGAACACUAAACUCAAGAAGAAACUCAUUGGCAUGGUUAAUAAUCCUCAUCAAUCACAAAGAUUAAAGCCUCAGCAAACUACCUUCUCAUCUCUUCUUCAAACUUCUCCUUCUUCAUCAUCAUCACCACAAAUCCCUUCAGCAUCCUCACCAUACUAUAAUCCCCACAUGAGGUCGUCUUUCACUGGCCUUGAUCAACAACAACCCAAUAUGAAUUCAUAUUCAUCAAGCUUGUUGAGCAGCAUUAGUUUUGCUAAUUCUGCUGUUCAGUUCCAAGAGAGCUUAUUAGGCCCUAUGCACCAUUAUCAAGCCGAGGCUAGUUUUAUCAUGUUUGGAGGUGAAGCUAGUACUUGCAGUUCCUCUGAUGGGAGUGGCAACAACAACAACAACAACCAGAUCAGUCAUGGCAUAGAAUUGGAGUAUGAAAACAGUACGGCUUGUGGUAAUAUGCAGAAUUACUACUACCCAACUGAUCAAGAAAACCAGAAGUUCAUGCUUUCAAAUGGGUGGAAUACUAUUGAGAAGCAAAAUCCAGUUAUAGAUCAAUAUGAUACUCUUGAGGAAAUUAAGCAGCUUAUUAGCAGUACUAGCAAUAUUUUGUUUGAUGAAAACAAGACAGAAGAGGAGAGGGUCUUGUACUACUGAUGAUAUUGACUGUGAGUGCAAUCACAAAAGAUAUGAUCGAGAUGGGAUUAAAGAUUCAGAUUUUUGGAUUCAGUCUUCUGUGCUGUGGGGGUUGGAUUGGGUGUUCUAGCUUUGAUGGAAACACUUUACUGACACAGUACGUAUGUAAAAGUAUUCUCUUAGUGCAUUUCUUUUUGGGAUUUGAUGUUUGUUGCAAUCCACCUAGCACAGUUAACUGCAACACUCAGAAUUAAUAAAUGUCAUGGAAACCAGAGAAAUCCAUCAUCUCUCAAGAACCAAA